AGAGUGAGAGGGUUUGCAGGGGGCCGAUUUGGGGCCAACAGGCUUCCCAGCAGGCCCCCGGCGCGGGACAGCGGAAGGCGAAACGCUUUCAAGAGACCCCGCUGCCAACAUCCCUACGCCCUCGCGCCCUCCCGCCGCCCCAGAAGGCCAACUCCGCCUGCCUGAGUCACAGCUGGAGCUGGGGAGGAGCCAGGGAAAGGAGGCCCCUGACCGUAGUGCAGCCAGCAGUUGCAGGCAGACGGAGCAGAGCGGUCAGGGAUCAUGAGGGAGAGUGCGUUGGAGCCGGGGCCUGUGCCCGAGGCGCCGGCGGGGGGUCCCGUGCACGCCGUGACGGUGGUGACCCUGCUGGAGAAGCUGGCCUCCAUGCUGGAGACGCUGCGGGAGCGGCAGGGAGGCCUGGCUCGAAGGCAGGGAGGCCUGGCAGGGUCCGUGCGCCGCAUCCAGAGCGGCCUGGGCGCUCUGAGUCGCAGCCACGACACCACCAGCAACACCUUGGCGCAGCUGCUGGCCAAGGCGGAGCGCGUGAGCUCGCACGCCAACGCCGCCCAAGAGCGCGCGGUGCGCCGCGCAGCCCAGGUGCAGCGGCUGGAGGCCAACCACGGGCUGCUGGUGGCGCGCGGGAAGCUCCACGUUCUGCUCUUCAAGGAGGAGGGUGAAGUCCCAGCCAGCGCUUUCCAGAAGGCACCAGAGCCCUUGGGCCCGGCGGACCAGUCCGAGCUGGGCCCAGAGCAGCUGGAGGCCGAAGUUGGAGAGAGCUCGGACGAGGAGCCGGUGGAGUCCAGGGCCCAGCGGCUGCGGCGCACCGGAUUGCAGAAGGUACAGAGCCUCCGAAGGGCCCUUUCGGGCCGGAAAGGCCCUGCAGCGCCACCGCCCACCCCGGUCAAGCCGCCUCGCCUCGGGCCUGGCCGGAGCGCUGGAGCCCAGCCGGAAGCCCAGCCUGCGCUGGAGCCCACGCUGGAGCCAGAGCCUCCGCAGGACACCGAGGAAGAUCCCGGGAGACCUGGGGCUGCCGAAGAAGCUCUGCUCCAAAUGGAGAGUGUAGCCUGAGGGCUGGUGUUGCGUGCCUCCCUUGUGCUUGUGCCUUGUCCCAAAAUAAAUCCUUUCAGAAUGUAGCACUCACGCCCUAAUAAGGAGCGAAUCCUGCAUCCACCAAGGCGGGCGCUCUGGCCCUCCCUUCCUUAAGCCCAGUCCUGUGUCCUCUGAAAGAGGUGCAGUCACUCACACCUGCUUGCGCUCACCAUCAAUAAAAGUAAUUUCACCCGAA